GUAUGUGUCAGAUUUCUGUCAGGCACUGUGUCGGUCACCUCACAUGACGGCGUAUUGACGAAGGACCCACCAACGGCGUCUGAUCGUUGGCUUCACGGAGUUCCAUGGAGAUUGUUUGUGUAAAUGAAACGUUAUCCAUCUGAAAUCAGAAUCAUCUUAUCUAACACACCGUUUUGAGCUGGGCUAAGUGCUCCGUUCAUAGCCCCUGAAGAACUUUGUGGGGAAGCCACAGAAAGGGAGCCAUGUUUCUUUACAACAUCACCCUACAGCGUGCCACGGGCAUCAGUCAUGCCAUCCAUGGAAACUUCUCAGGAACCAAGAUGCAGGAGAUUGUCGUUUCCAGGGGAAAGAUCUUGGAAUUAUUGCGGCCAGAUGCCAACACAGGAAAGGUGCACACUCUGCUUACAGUGGAGGUGUUUGGCAUCGUUAGGUCCCUGAUGGCAUUCAGACUCACUGGAGGAACCAAAGACUACAUUGUUGUUGGAAGUGACAGUGGCCGUAUUGUCAUCCUGGAAUAUCAUCCAUCCAAAAACAUGUUUGAGAAGAUCCAUCAGGAAACGUUUGGAAAGAGCGGCUGCCGGCGCAUCGUCCCCGGACAGUUCCUUGCCGUCGACCCAAAAGGCAGAGCUGUUAUGAUAGGAGCCAUAGAGAAACAGAAGCUGGUUUAUAUUCUGAACAGAGAUGCAGCUGCAAGAUUGACCAUCUCCUCUCCACUGGAAGCCCAUAAAGCAAACACGUUGGUCUACCAUGUAGUGGGAGUCGAUGUCGGCUUUGAAAAUCCCAUGUUUGCCUGCCUCGAAAUGGACUAUGAGGAAGCCGACAAUGACCCGACAGGAGAAGCUGCCGCCAACACGCAACAGACGCUCACCUUUUACGAGCUGGACCUCGGCUUGAAUCACGUGGUCCGCAAGUACAGUGAGGCUUUGGAAGAGCAUGGGAAUUUCCUCAUCACUGUUCCUGGUGGUGCAGAUGGGCCGAGUGGCGUUCUGAUCUGCUCUGAAAACUACAUCACUUACAAGAAUUUUGGAGACCAGCCUGACAUUCGCUGUCCCAUCCCACGGCGCAGGAAUGACCUGGAUGACCCGGAGCGUGGCAUGAUAUUUGUCUGCUCAGCCACUCACAAGACCAAGUCCAUGUUCUUCUUCCUGGCCCAAACUGAGCAGGGAGACAUCUUUAAGGUUACCCUGGAAACGGAUGAAGAAAUGGUCACAGAAAUCAGGCUGAAAUACUUUGACACGAUCCCUGUGGCAACAGCCAUGUGUGUCCUGAAGACGGGCUUCUUGUUUGUGUCUUCAGAAUUUGGAAACCAUUACCUUUACCAGAUCGCCCACUUGGGUGAUGAUGACGAGGAGCCUGAGUUCUCCUCUGCAAUGCCACUGGAAGAGGGAGACACCUUCUUCUUCCAACCCCGCCCCCUCAAAAAUCUUGUGCUGGUGGACGAACAGGAGAACUUAUCACCCAUCAUGUCCUGUCAGAUUGCUGAUUUGGCCAAUGAAGAUACACCACAGUUGUAUGUUGCCUGUGGACGAGGACCCCGGUCAACUCUGAGGGUCCUUAGACAUGGAUUGGAGGUAUCCGAGAUGGCUGUGUCUGAGCUGCCCGGUAACCCCAACGCUGUGUGGACAGUACGCAGACAUGUGGAAGAUGAGUUUGAUGCCUACAUCAUUGUAUCUUUCGUGAACGCUACUCUGGUUCUGUCCAUCGGGGAGACUGUAGAGGAAGUGACAGAUUCUGGAUUUCUGGGAACGACGCCUACUCUCUCCUGCUCACUGCUCGGUGAAGACGCCCUAGUGCAGGUGUACCCAGACGGUAUUCGCCACAUCCGAGCUGACAAGCGUGUGAAUGAGUGGAAGACUCCUGGCAAAAAAACCAUUGUCCGCUGCGCUGUGAACCAGCGUCAGGUUGUUAUUGCACUCACUGGAGGGGAGCUGGUCUACUUUGAGAUGGACCCGUCUGGCCAGCUUAAUGAGUACACAGAGCGAAAGGAGAUGUCUACAGAUGUGGUUUGUAUGAGCCUGGCCAACGUUCCACCUGGCGAGCAACGCUCUCGAUUCCUGGCCGUGGGACUUGUUGACAACACCGUACGAAUCAUCUCCCUGGACCCUUCGGACUGCCUGCAGCCGCUGAGUAUGCAGGCCUUGCCAGCCCAGCCAGAGAGUCUGUGUAUUGUUGAGAUGGGAGGGGUCGAGAAACAGGAUGAACUUGGAGAAAAGGGAACCAUCGGCUUCCUUUACCUCAACAUAGGGCUUCAGAACGGUGUGCUGCUGAGGACUGUGCUGGAUCCAGUGACCGGUGACCUGUCAGAUACCAGAACACGCUACCUGGGCUCGCGACCUGUCAAACUCUUCAGAGUCCGGAUGCAGGGACAGGAAGCUGUGCUGGCAAUGUCCAGUCGCUCCUGGCUGAGCUACUCGUACCAGUCUCGUUUCCAUCUGACCCCUCUGUCAUAUGAGACUCUGGAGUACGCAUCUGGCUUUGCCUCGGAGCAGUGCCCUGAGGGCAUAGUGGCCAUUUCUACCAACACACUGAGAAUCUUGGCUUUGGAGAAAUUAGGAGCCGUCUUCAACCAGGUGGCCUUUCCUCUGCAGUACACUCCCAGGAAAUUUGUAAUCCACCCGGAGACCAACAACCUCAUUUUGAUCGAGACGGACCACAAUGCAUACACUGAGGCAACCAAAGCCCAGAGAAAGCAACAAAUGGCUGAGGAGAUGGUGGAGGCUGCUGGUGAGGAUGAAAGAGAAUUGGCUGCUGAGAUGGCCGCCGCCUUUCUCAACGAGAAUCUCCCAGAAGCCAUAUUUGGUGCACCUAAAGCUGGAGCGGGACAGUGGGCCUCGCUGGUGCGUCUGGUCAAUCCCAUACAGGGUUCAACACUGGACCAGGUGCAGCUGGAACAGAAUGAAGCCGCCUUCAGCGUUGCGGUGUGUCGUUUCCCCAACACAGGAGAUGAUUGGUAUGUUCUGGUGGGUGUUGCCAGAGACAUGAUUCUCAACCCCAGAUCAGUGAGCGGCGGCUUUAUCUACACCUAUCGGCUCAUCAGUGGAGGGGAGAAACUGGAGUUCGUUCACAAAACCCCAGUAGAGGAUGUGCCUUUGGCCAUUGCUCCGUUCCAGGGACGAGUCCUGGUGGGAGUUGGGAAACUGCUGAGAAUCUACGACCUGGGCAAAAAGAAGCUGCUUCGCAAGUGUGAAAACAAGCACGUUCCCAACCUGGUGACUGGCAUCUAUACCAUUGGCCAGCGUGUGAUUGUGACGGACGUUCAGGAGAGCCUGUUCUGGGUUCGUUACCGACGCAACGAGAACCAGCUCAUCAUCUUCGCCGAUGACACCUAUCCCCGCUGGGUGACCACGGCCUGUCUGCUCGACUACGACACCAUGGCCUCUGCUGACAAGUUUGGGAACAUUAGCAUCGUGCGUCUGCCCCCCAACACCAGCGAUGAUGUGGAUGAAGACCCCACAGGGAACAAAGCUUUAUGGGACAGAGGCCUCCUUAAUGGAGCAUCACAGAAGGCUGAGGUGAUAAUGAACUACCACGUAGGAGAGACGGUGUUGUCCCUCCAGAAAACCACUCUGAUCCCUGGGGGUUCAGAGUCCAUGGUCUACACCACUCUGUCUGGAGGCAUCGGCAUACUGGUCCCAUUCACCUCGCAUGAGGACCAUGACUUCUUCCAGCAUUUAGAGAUGCAUAUGCGCUCUGAGUUCCCUCCACUGUGCGGCAGAGACCAUCUCAGCUUCAGAUCCUACUACUUCCCAGUGAAGAAUGUGAUUGACGGAGAUCUGUGUGAGCAGUUUAACAGUAUGGACCCUCACAAGCAGAAAAGUGUGGCGGAAGAGCUGGACAGAACGCCACCCGAGGUCUCUAAGAAACUGGAGGACAUUCGCACUCGCUACGCCUUCUAGGCGUACACCUUCAUGCAGCAGGGGUGCACGGAGACACACUCAUGAGUAAUAUUU